AGUUUAAUAGUAUUAAUGAUAGGGACAGAUUCUGUAUACAUGAAGCAAUGGAGCAACAAACUAUUAGUGUUGCAAAGGCUGGCCUUGUGUGCAAGUUAAACACUCGUUGUUCUAUUCUAGCAGCAACUAAUCCAAAGGGAAACUAUGAUCCUGAACUAAGUACAGGUAUUAAUGUUGCAUUGGCUAGUCCACUGAUGAGUCGUUUUGAUGUUGUACUGGUAUUACUUGAUAGUUAUAAUGAGGAAUGGGACCGAUUUGUUUCGUCAUUCGUGUUGUCAAGAAAAGAUAGCAUGAAUGAUAAAGAUAAUAACCUGUGGAGUAUUGAGCAACUGAAGUCUUACCUAAGCUAUGUGAAAUCAUUAAAACCAGUAAUGACUGAACCAGCUAACCAGGUUUUAUCCAGAUAUUAUCAGCUUCAACGUCAAACUGAUACUCUUAAUGCUGCCAGAACUACAAUACGUCUAUUGGAGAGUCUUGUAAGACUAGCACAAGGUACAU